UAGGGUGCUCUCUGAGAAUCAAAAGAAAAAGGGCAAAAAAUAUAUUACGAGCUGAAAGUCUUCCUUGAGCGUCCUCGUCUCCGCUGUCUUCCUCUGUUCUCUGUGCCGAGGGCUCGAGCUAGGGUUUUCUCGUCUUCGAUCGAGGAGGGCGACUCGGCGAUCGUGGGUUCGUGGUCGAAUUCCAUUUGCCAGAAUGGCGUACCAGGGAAAGAAGCUGGUCAAUGAUCCGAAUGAUGUGGUAACUGAAUUUAUUGAGGGAUUAGUUGAAACUUAUCCUGGUUUACAGUACUUGGAUGGCUUUCCACAGAUUAAGGUAGUACUACGUGCUGAUGUCUUGAGUGCUACAUACAAUAAAGUGGCUGUCAUAUCUGGAGGUGGAGGUGGGCAUGAACCUGCUCAAGCAGGAUUUGUUGGUCCAGGGAUGUUAACAGCUGCCAUAUGUGGUGAUGUUUUUACCUCCCCGCCAGUCGACUCUAUUUUGGCUGGUAUUCGAGCUGUAACAGGUCCCAAGGGUUGCCUUUUGAUAGUCACGAAUUAUACUGGUGAUCGACUGAAUUUUGGAUUGGCAGCUGAGCAAGCAAAAGCAGAGGGAUAUAAAGUUGAGAUGGUUGUCGUUGGAGAUGAUUGUGCUCUUCCACCACCUCGUGGCAUAGCUGGACGAAGAGGAUUAGCAGGAACAAUUCUAGUUCAUAAGGUUGCUGGAGCCGCUGCAGAUGCUGGUGUACCCCUUGCUGAUGUUGCUGCAGAAGCAAAGCAUGCUUCUGAAAUGGUGGGUACAAUGGGAGUUGCACUAUCAGUCUGUACACUUCCUGGUCAGGUCACAUCAGAUCGCCUAGGUCCAGGAUUGAUGGAACUUGGACUUGGAAUUCAUGGAGAACCAGGCGCUGCUGUUGUUGAUCUUCAGCCAGUUGAUGUUGUGGUCUCUCAUGUUCUCAAGCAGAUAUUGUCAGCGGAAACUCAAUAUGUCCCAAUCACCAGGGGCAGCCGAGUGGUUCUGAUGAUUAAUGGACUUGGUGCCACACCUGUGAUGGAGUUGAUGAUUGCAGCAGGAAAGGCUGUUCCACAAUUACAGCUAGAACAUGGACUUGCUAUUGACCGUGUUUACACUGGAUCAUUUAUGACUUCACUCGAUAUGGCAGGAUUUUCCAUUUCCAUUAUGAAGGCAGAUCCAGCAAUUCUGGCUCGUUUGGAUGCCCCAACUCGGGCUCCAUGUUGGCCUGUUGGUGUGGAAGUUGUAGGUGAUCGACCGCCUACCAAAAUUCCUGUUCCAGUACCAGCAUCAAAUGCAAGUAGCAAAAAAGAGUCGAUAGUGAGUGAACCAAGAAAGCUUAAUGAGCUAGGCUGCAUAUUACAAGUUGCUAUUGAGGCAGCUGCACAAGAGAUAAUUAAUCUGACAGAGAAAUUAAAUGAGUGGGACAGUAAAGUGGGUGAUGGUGAUUGUGGGAGCACUAUGUACAGGGGUGCUACAACUAUUCUUGAAGACAUUAAAUGCUAUCCACUGAAUGAUGCUGCAGAAACAGUAAACGAGAUCGGAGCCUCGCUUAGAAGGGUUAUGGGCGGAACUAGUGGAAUCCUGUAUGAUAUAUUCUGCAAGGCUGCAUAUGCAAGCUUGAAACAAAACCAAGUUAUUUCAUCGAGACAAUGGGCUACUGCUCUGGAGGCAUCUGUAGCAGCUGUCAGUAAAUAUGGUGGUGCAGUUGCUGGAUAUCGGACUAUGUUGGAUGCACUAAUUCCAGCAUCUGAAGUUCUAAGAGAGAGAUUGGAUGCUGGAGAUGAUCCUUUAAAAGCCCUUCUGUUAUCUUCUGAAGCAGCAGUGACUGGGGCUGAGUCUACGAAGAAUAUGCGUGCCCUGGCUGGUCGAUCUUCUUAUAUUGCUCCUGAUCUACUAUCUUCUGUUCCUGAUCCUGGAGCAAUGGCAGCAGCAACAUGGUAUCGAGCUGUUGCUCAAGCUGUUGAGAGCAAAUUUCAUCCAUCAAAAAAUUAAUAUCUUUUGGUAUACCAUAUGAACUACAGUUUCACACCGCAGCGGCAAUUGUUCACAUUUUGAUGACUUUGCUCAUUUGUUUUCCGCUUGUGCUAGCAUGAGCUGAGAAAACUACUAUACUUGUCCCUUUGUCAUAUUCUGCUGUAUUGUAAGAACCUUGAAUAAAGGAAUAGUUUACUAGUUUUUUACCCCCCAAUAUAAUGUUGUAAUCUAACAUUGAGAAAAAGAUUCCUUUCAGCAA